AUGGCGCUAGUGCUUCACUCUUACGCCUCACCGUUCACAGAUCAGCUCCAGCUCAGAGAACGUCUUUUCACCAUCGACGGCAAACUCCUCAAAAUACAACAGGCCUGGAAAGGAGAUGGAAAGGGAGGGACGGACAUUGGCUUUGGGGCCAGCGUCUACCCAGCUGCCUAUGUUCUAGCGGAGUACCUUGAGCGCCACCCUUACCUCGUUCGCGGGAAACGGGUGAUAGAGCUAGGUACUGGGACAGGAUUUCUCGGUAUUGCCGCGGCGACUCUUGGAGCCGCCGAGGUAUGCUUAACCGACGGAGACGAGGAAAGCCUGAAGCUGACCCAGAGAAACGUGACGGGCAAUCUCAGUCCCGCUGUCUGUCGUCGAAGUCCUAGUACUGCCUCCUGCUGCGACCAGCAGCAAGCUCAAGCCGUCACCGCUGCAGAUAAGGAGAGAACCCCGUGCAAUGCGGACUCCACAGCCGGCAGCACGAAUAUCGUCGAGAGUCCUGUGGAUCGAAGACCACCACUAGCCACUGCGGCCACGGUUUCCGUGCAACAGCUUCGCUGGGGCUGUGCAGACGACAUGCACGCUGUUGGUGUUCCCCGCAGGGGAGAUGGCGACAGCGGAAGCCCUCGUGCUUGGGACGUGGUACUGGGGUCGGAUAUCGCCGCCCUGCCUUACGCGUCCGCGUACGGCGACCUCCUCCAAACAAUCGUUUCGCUCGUAAACAUCACCGACGGUAGUGGCCAAGACAAGCACACCGCGCCGUCGCCACCCCGAACAAUUGCUGACCACGUGACCGGAGCGGAUCAGAACACGGAAAUCUCAAGCACUGCUGCUCCCGACAGCUGCGAACCCCUCGAUGGCUCCGGCCGUGAAAGCGGUACGGGAAAACCGGCGAUAACCAAAACGUCGGCAAUGAAAGGUGUGAUGGCUGAGGCCGGCCGCAGCGGGUCGGAGAGAGAGGGAAGGCGGCAGGUAGUUGUGCUCUUGGCACAUAAACGAAGACACAUCUCAGAGGAGGCGUUUUUCGAGGAUCUGAAGGAGGAGCUAGGCGGAGAAAGGAGCGUCCGAGGAACCAGCGAGGACGACAUACACCCUGAUUUUCGGGGCACGGGAAUACGCUUGCACAUGUUCGUGGUCGAUGUUUGACGCACAGCGCGCCACCCGUGUUAGGCUGGUCGUGCCCCGGGUUUGGUUUUUCGGUGAGGGUUUUCGACGUUGCUUGCUUCUCUCCGUUGAUGUAGAACAGCUUCUGUAAGUUGAUAUUUCGUGUCUCGGGUCUCACUUGCCUCAGGAUGACACCGCUUUUCGGGGUUCUCUGUCAGGGCAGGCAGUCAUGAAUACAUUCUCGUUCUUCUCACUUGUGUAGGCUCUGUAGGCUCGGUUCGCUCAGACGUUGGUGCUCUGACCAGGAUGUUGCCCCCCCUUUAGGACAAACUUGUUGGAAUUUGGGUACGUACGACUUAGUGCAGCGUGUGUGUCCAGUGGAGAUGCCCGAACGGCUGUAUGCGAAACAAUCUGACCCAGCCCGAAGUGGAACGGUUGUUUGCUGCAGUAAGUGCAUUCAAAAACAUUCU